CGGGGUCUCUCGCGCGGCUGCUACGUCACUCCGGGGCCCGGGGAGUUUGGGCCUGGGCUGUGAACGAGUAGUUAGUUUCUUGGCCUCUGGAGUCUCGUCCUCCGUCGCUGACUUCAGAGAACCUUUCAAGAGUUGGCUGGAAGCUGCGGCCCUUAUUAGAGGGGGGCGCCUCGUCCCUGAGGUGCAGGGAGCCACGCAGCGUCCUCUCCAGCCCUCCGCGGUGGUUGACACACUCUUCUCCUUCUGGAAUUGCGUUUCAGGCGACCUUGAGCGCAGAGGGACGCCUGGCCUGUUGUAGUUCCUGCCUGCAGGAACUUCGUGGGAAUUUCGGUAUAUGGAAAAUUUCUCUGUUCCAGCUGGUGUGAAUCCAGAGGUCUUAGUAUUGUACCAGGACCAAAAUAUUGUGUCGGCCAGCUGAGGACCCCCAGAAUCCCAUGGGUUUCUAAAACCUAAAUUCUCAGAAGCUUUCUUCCAACCUGCCCUGCCAAAGCUUAGGGAGACCGGGAUACACAUGGAAAUCAAAGGACAAUUUGUAGGAAUUGAUUUUCUUCUUCUAUUGUGUGGGAGCGCCAUGGCCCGUGUUGCCUUGAUUUCUGGGUUGACUCGUAGCACUGUGGGAGCCAUCUGCACGCAGGCUGCUACGUGGAGAUUGACAGCCAGCUCUUUGCGUCACCUUACUCUAACCAGAAGCAUAAUGAAAUCCAAAAGGAAAGCUGAUCACUUGGAGAGAACUGCGAGUGUCCUCCGACGGGAGGUCGUGGCUACAGCUAAGGUGUGUGAAAUUGCCCAGGAGUCUCCAUCAGUGAAGAGCCUCCGUUUGCUUGUCGCUGAUAAAGACUUCUCUUUUAAAGCUGGCCAGUGGGUUGAUUUCUUUAUCCCAGGAGUCUCCGUCAUUGGUGGGUUUUCAAUUUGCUCCAGUCCCCAGCUGCUAGAACGAGAGAGGAUAAUAGAGUUGGCAGUGAAAUACACAGACCACCCUCCUGCUAUCUGGGUUCACAAGAAGUGCACACUUGACUCUGAAGUGGCGCUCAGAGUGGGUGGAGAGUUCUUCUUUGACCCUCAGCCCACAGAUGCCCCUCGAAACCUCGUGUUGAUUGCUGGAGGGGUUGGGAUUAACCCCCUGCUUUCCAUCCUGCGCCACUCAGCAGAUCUCCACCGAGACAAAGCGGACAGAGGAAGAGGCUAUGAGAUAGGAGCAAUAAAACUGUUCUACAGUGCCAAGAAUACCAGUGAACUCCUGUUUAAGAAAAAUAUCCUCAAUUUAGUAAAUGAAUUUCCUGAGAAGAUUACAUGCAGUUUGCAUGUUACAAAACAGACGGCACAAAUCAGUGCAGAACUUAAACCAUACAUCACAGAAGGAAGAAUAACGGAGAAGGAGAUACUACGCCAUAUUUCAGCAGAGACUCUGUUCUAUAUCUGCGGCCCACCUCCAAUGACAGACUUUUUCUCUAAGCAACUGGAGAGCAGCCAUGUUCCCAAGGAACACGUUUGCUUUGAGAAGUGGUGGUAGGGAGCCGGCCCAGAAGACCUGAGAGCCACCCAGGAGAGUGAGACUGUUUAGGGUUUGUGGAUUUGCCUCCGCCUGAGCUAUCUUUUUUUAAAGCUAUUAACCAAGUAUCCAACCCAAGACUAAAAGAAAAUCCAGCAACAGAUUUACACAAUAAACAUGCUGUCGACUCGUUAGUCAAGCUUUUCUUAACUA